UCAGAUAAAAUUUAAGCUAUUUCAUUAUCAUAUCAGACAUAUCAUGCUAAUACAGAAUAAAACAGAUCUGACCCCAGCCUCAUUUAUUCUGAAUGGAGUCCCCGGACUGGAAGACAUACACAUCUGGAUUUCCUUCCCAUUCUGCUCCAUGUAUGUUGUGGCUAUGGUAGGGAAUUUUGGACUUCUCUACCUCAUUCACUAUGAGGACUCCCUGCACAGGCCUAUGUACUACUUCUUGGCCAUGCUUUCCUUUACUGAUCUUGUCAUGUGCUCUAGUACAAUCCCUAAAGCCCUCUGUAUCUUCUGGUUUCAUCUCAAGGAAAUUGGAUUUGAUGAAUGCCUGGCCCAGAUGUUCUUCAUCCAUACCUUCACAGGAAUGGACUCUGGGGUGCUCAUGCUUAUGGCCCUGGAUCGCUAUGUGGCCAUCUGCUACCCUUUACGCUAUUCAACUAUCCUUACCAAUCCUGUAAUUGUGAAGGUUGGGCUUGCCACCUUCCUGAGAGGGGUGUUACUUGUUUUUCCCUUUACUUUCCUCAUCAAGCGCCUGCCCUACUGCAGAGGCAAUAUACUUCCCCACACCUACUGUGAUCACAUGUCUUUAGCCAAAUUAUCCUGUGGCAAUAUCAAGGUCAAUGCUAUCUAUGGUCUAAUGGUUGCCCUUUUGAUUGGGGGCUUUGACAUCCUGUGUAUCACUGUCUCCUACACCAUGAUCCUCCGGACAGUGAUCAGUCUUUCCUCUGCUGAUGCCCGGCAGAAGGCCUUCAACACCUGCACUGCCCAUAUCUGUGCCAUUUUUUUCUCUUAUAGUCCAGCUUUCUUCUCCUUUUUUUCCCACCGCUUUGGGGAACACACAAUCCCUCUUUCUUGCCACAUCAUCAUAGCCAAUAUUUAUCUACUCCUGCCUCCCACUAUGAACCCUAUUGUCUAUGGGGUGAAAACCAAGCAGAUAAGAGAUUGUGUCAUAAGGAUUUUUUCAGGUUCUAAGGAUAACAAAUCUCAUAUCAUAUAAAUGAACAUUUGUCAGGA